AUGGGCCGAUACACGUAUAUAGUUGACAACAUUCAGGGCUAUAAGGUUAUAAGUCAUGAAUACCAGAGAGAAUAUGUAGAAAAACUUAUUCCAAAAAUAGGCAAAAUGAUUUCUCCAUGCAAAGUUCUUCCAAAUCUUCUUCGUAAAGGACUUAUUGCAAGAUGCGACAUGGAAGAAAUUGAAAACAAGUCUGUAAACUGUAGUAGUUAUGCAGGUGCAAGUGUUUUGCUUAAAAGAUUACUGGAAAACGAAACACAUCACAACUGGUAUGUUCUUUUUAUAGAGGCUUUACAAGAAGCAGGUAUGAAUGAGGUUGCCAUGGACCUUCAAAUCCCUGCUUUACUUCCAGACUCGGCACAAAACUAUUCUGGUACUGAUACCGUGCAUGAAAACCAUCACACAGGCUUGAUGAAUAAUUUAACAAUAAAUGAAAGUGAAGCAAAAGAAAACCAAGAUGAAUCAAAGAAAGAAUAUAAUUGUCAGACUGACACUUCGGAUAAGGUAAAUCGACUUAUGAGUACACAAUAUUGA